GUCGUUAUGCAAUCCCACUAAAAUGGAUAGGAGAGCAACGAUCUGCUUCUGGGCUAUUUUCCAGCUCAUCUCAGGGGAAAGCAGUUCAAAGCCACACUGCAUCAGGUCUGGAGAAAAUGUGUACCUCCAUCUGCAACAUCGGAAAACAAAUCUUAGCACUUUAUCAUGGGCAUAUAGCAAUGAAAAUAAAAGUAAUAGUGUUGUAGCCAACUUUAAUCACAAUUUUAAAUCAUCGGCUGAGCUUUUUCAGAACGGGACCCUUAAAAUCACCAACAUCCAGACAAACUGGAGUGUAAACAUCACUGCUACUGGUUACAAUGACAGAGGAGUAAAUAUUGUGAAAGAGAUACAUCACUUGCUUGUGCUUGAUACUCCUGUGGUUGAAUUGGUUCUGUGUAUCAAUGAAGCAUCUGCAUUUUACUGUGCAAAUAAGAAUGGCCAGGAUGUCACACACAGAUGGACUGUCAAUAACAGUGCCCUGGGAGAAGAGACUGUAUUCAGUAACAGUAAUAAACAUCUCUUUUUAAAGAACACAUCUGGAAGUGUCAGAUGCUCUGUGGAGAAGAAGGGCUGUGUGGUUCAGAGUGAACCUCAAUAUAUUUCUUGUAGAAAACAUUCAGAAAAGGAAGUACAGCCCUGGUGUGUUAGUGCUCUGAUCUCCAUAUCUUCAGUGCUGCUCUGUCUGAUCAUGGCUGGACUUCUGACCUGCUUACUGAGAACCUACAGGCAACAUCUACAGAACAUGAAUUCUGAAGAACACCGUCCCCCAGCAGGAGCCAUCAGUGACAACUUAAUUUAUUGUAAUUCAGAAAUGCUUGUAUAGUAAAACCUGUGAUGU